AUGCGAUCAAGUUUUGAAGAAGCGAACUGUGCUACUUCGGCAUACGAUUUUCCUGCUCCGUUCAUAGAUUUGGAUCAGGCUCCUGUUCGUCGAGGCGGUUCUACUCUGCAAAUUCCGGAUACAGGCUCAUCAGCUUUGAAUAGCAGGAGGAGACUUACUCAAUGUCAGCUCGAGAAACAGCAAGGGAAAGCUCUGGUGGGUGACAUGCCAGGGCUCGUUCUGGUUUUGCUGGAAACAAUUUUGACGAACUCGCGAACCCGACCACUGACAAUGCCAGCAUCGCAUCAGGAUGCGCUUGCGCCAGUUGAGACUCCAAGUCGCUUAUCCUUUUCUUCUGGCAAGAAGCGGCCUCAAACUCCAGCUUGUAAUCCUCCUCCAGCUUCUGCGAUACCUUCAGGGAUGAGGAUAGCUUCCCGAUCAUCUCCUUCAUCGUUCAACUCCGGUUUGCUGAGCUGA